GGAGAACGCAAACAAAAAAAAAUAUACAGAAAAAAAAAAAUCAUCAACAAAAAAGGUUUACAGGAAACGAUGUCUGUUGCCGUCUGCAGCUCGCCGGUUUUCUCCCCGUCCUCUUCUCUUUUCUGCAACAACAAGGCGUUGAACAUUUCUCCGGCGCAUCAAAACCUGACUCUGUCUCAUUCCCAUCUCACUCCUCUUGCUUCUUCUCCUUCGGCUGCGUCUCCCACUUCGCCGUUCUGCCUCCGUCUUCUUAAACCGCCGGUUAAUUCAGUUUUUGGUUCAGACUCCGGUCCUGGAGAUUGUGAUCGCCAUUUGUCCCUGGGAAGCGUUUUGAAGAGGAAGCGACCGACGAGGCUUGAUAUACUGGUGGCUCCGGUGGGUGUUACAGCACCUAUCUCGCUGAAUGCCGAAACGCUGAGGGAAGAAAGUGGAGAGGUGGAGAGGGAAGGUGAUGAGUUUUCGGUUUACUGCAAGAGAGGAAAGAGAGAUGCUAUGGAGGAUCGGUUCUCUGCUAUCACCAAUAUUGAAAGAGAUCCCAAACAGGCAAUUUUUGGAGUCUAUGAUGGUCACGGAGGAUCAAGAGCGGCUGAGUUCGCGGCAAAGAACUUGUGUAAUAACAUUCUAGGAGAGAUAGCCAGUGAGAGGAACGAGUCAGAUAUUGAAGAAGCUGUGAAACGCGGUUAUCUAGCGACUGAUUCUGAGUUUCUCAAGGAGAAAGAUGUUAAGGGAGGAUCUUGCUGCGUCACGGCUCUGAUUAAAUACGGGAAUCUCGUGGUGUCCAAUGCUGGUGACUGCCGUGCUGUUUUGAGCGUUGGAGGAUUCGCGGAGGCUCUGACUUCUGACCACCGCCCUUCUAGAGAGGAUGAACGGAACAGAAUUGAAAGCUCGGGCGGGUAUGUCGAUACAUUUAACAGUGUUUGGAGAAUCCAAGGAUCUUUAGCGGUAUCUAGAGGAAUCGGAGAUGUGCAUCUCAAAAGAUGGGUGAUAUCUGAGCCAGAGACAAAGAAUUUACGUAUCAACUCCCAACACGAGUUCUUGAUCUUAGCGUCAGACGGUCUGUGGGAAAAGGUUGGUAAUCAGGAGGCAGUAGAUAUAGCUCGACCGUUCUGCAUGGGAACCGAUCAGAAGCAUAAACCAUUUUUAGCGUGUAAGAAGCUCGUUGACCUCUCUGUUUCACGAGGCUCCUUGGACGAUAUCAGUGUGAUGUUGAUUCCGUUACGCCGCUUCAUCUGACCAGUGGAGAUAUAUAGAGAUUAGAGAACACCUUAAGAAUGUUUAAACUUCAUUUGUCAUAUUAGUUAUUAGGGCACUCUGUGUAUAUUAACAUACCGUAUGUGCAUGAGUCUUUAUUGUUACGUAACAAAGGACAUCUCUAAUGUAUA